CCGGUUUUACAGACUUUGAGGUUACCUUUUUGACUGGUCCCAAGCAAAAUCAAAAUGAAUAAGGAUAAGAAUUAUCGUAUAAAGUUACUAAUGUACCAUUAUUUUCAAGAUCAUCGCGUAUUUACUUACGCGUUUAUCCAUUCUGAAUUCAAUAGGAUACAAGACUUAAGCAAUCAUAUAACAAACUUGUUUGGAAUAAACAAUUUUAAUCUUCAAUUGCAUGAUGUCUACCUGUUACCAAAUGAAGACAUUCGAAUAAUUCAACCAAAUGAUAAAAUUAUAGUGAAACCAAAUGAUCUAAAUUCUCCAACUACUGUCAUAAAACAACCUGAGGAGGUAACAGAAUAUACUUUAAAAGAGAUGGAAUUGAAAUCAACCAGAACAUCUAUCAAUUUGGAAGAUACAAGCCCAGAACAUUCUAAUAUUGUAACAAAAAAGAAAAGAAAGCAAUCAAAGCAUAAGAGUAAUAUUGUUAAAUCCAGGGUUCAAUUUUACAAUGAACUCAGUAGUGAGAAAUCUCUUAGUGAAGAAUCGAUUAAAGAAGUUCAUCUAUCAACUGAAGACUUGAAGCAAAUACAACAGAACAAAGAAGUUGUUCAAGAGAAAUUAAACAAAGUCUUUAGUUUACCAGAGAACAUUAUACCUACACCAGAAAUGCAUGGAAAGAAUGAUCACAAAAAGAAGUCAAACAAAUCAUUGCCUUGGAGAGAGCAAAGAAAUGAAGAAAUGAAUUGUGAUAUUGUACAUGAUUCACAAGAAAAGGCAGAUGUCAGAGUAGUAAAAACAAAUAAUGAAAAAAAUGAAGAACCUGUUAAUAAUAUUACUAAUAAUGUGGUUUUGCAUGAAAAGAAAGGAGAAAUUGUGAUACAAAAUACUGAUGAAAAUGUAUCUGGACUGAAUAAAAAUACAGAUACAUAUUUCAAUAGUGUUGCUCAAUUCUCAGAUGAAAGUGAUAUAAAUCAAAUGCAAAACAUUGCACAAACCUCCAGAUGGGAUGAACAAGUGUAUGUUAUAUCAACUACAACAAAGAAUAUAGAAAAAGAAUCUCAAAUACUAAGUACAAAUGUAGUUGAAGAGGCACAUCAACAAAAAUAUGUAGCAAAAAAUAUGUAUUCUACUUCAAAACCAUCAAAAUAUACUGGAAAGGGGUUAACAUCAUCAAUUGCGUAUUUAAUAUCAUCUUUAACACCUGAUAAUACAUCACAAUUCACUGAAGGAAAUGCUGCAGAUGAUGAAGUUAGUAAGUGUAACUCUGUUACACAUAGAAAACGCAUUCGUAAACGGAAACCCAAAGUUAAACAUCCAGACACACCUACACCGUGCAAGAUUAAAGAACCAGAAAUCACAGAAAGGCAAUUCCAUUCUAAUAGUGAUACCAAUAUAGAGAAAAAUAACUGUGCAAGCAAUUCAGGCAAAAAUGUAGAUAAUACCUUUCAUAACUUGGCUGGUAGAAAGUCAGCAUUAAUUGAAGAAUAUAUUCGUUCUGAAGCCAAUGGAAUUAAUAAUAAUAGUAAUAGUUUAGGCAAAGUACAAACAUUUUUAGGCAAAAAACUUACUCCCGAAGUAAUUAAUACACUUCUGGUUAUGAGAAAUAUGCUACCUAAAGUCGGGGAUGUCAUUCUAUUUCAGAUGUUAAAACUGAAAUGUCCACAACUAUCUCGAUACGUAAUAGGAGAAGUUGUAUCAUUUGACGGGGAUAAAAAACUAGUUCAAUUUAAAAUCCUAGAAGGAUUGUCCGAACUUGACAAGUAUGAAGAAAAGCUUCAGUUUGGUAAAAUGCAAAUUAUAACUCUGAAUUGGAGUUCAUUGAUAAAGCCGCGCUUAAUGUCUAUAUAAGUUGAUAAAAUAAUAAAACUUAUUAUUUUGUAGUAAUUACUGAAUGUUACCAUGCAUGAUGUUUCUUUCGCCAAUUCCAAAAUAAUAAAUAUUUGUGUUUUAGAAAUACAAAUUUUCGAAAA